UUCUUGCUGUCAAAUCGAAACACACUAACCUAUCACAUUUGUCUCAUUUCUCAAUCAAAUGGUUGUCAGCAACUUCUCAAGACCCUUUUGGCUUCUCUGUUGUGUUGUCUUCUCUGAAUCACCUCUUUUACUGAGUCUUGAAAUACAAAUUUUAGCUACCCACGUAACUCUUAACAUCCACAAAUAAAUAGUUCAUCUCUCUUUUUUUUAAAGAUUCAACUUGUGCCCAAUUUCUCAAGAAUCAAUUUUGAUAUGUAUUCUGGAGGAUUUUCAGAUAACUGCAAAGAAUCAGAGGAGGAGGGUCUUGGGUAUGUUGAAACUGACCCUACUGGUCGUUAUGGACGUUUCGAGGAAGUUUUGGGAAAAGGGGCAAUGAAAACAGUUUAUAGGGCAAUUGAUGAGUUGUUAGGUAUGGAAGUGGCAUGGAGCCAAGUUAGACUUAAUGAUUUGCUUCAGUCACCAGAGGAUAUAGAGAGGCUUUACUCUGAAGUUCAUUUGCUUAGUACUCUGAAUCAUCCUUCUAUCAUGAAAUUCUAUACUUCAUGGAUUGAUAUCGAAAAGAGGACAUUUAAUUUCAUUACUGAGUUGUUCACUUCCGGUACUCUCCGAGGAUACAGAAAUAAAUAUCAUCGAGUAAAUAUUCGAGCUGUAAAGAUUUGGGCACACCAAAUUCUGGAAGGUCUGGUUUAUUUGCAUGAACAUGAUCCGCCAGUGAUUCAUCGAGACCUGAAGUGUGAUAACAUAUUUGUUAAUGGUCAUCUUGGACAAGUGAAGAUUGGGGACCUGGGAUUGGCAGCAAUUCUUCGUGGAUCACAGAGAGCACACAGUGUUAUAGGAACACCUGAGUUCAUGGCACCAGAAUUGUAUGACGAGAACUAUGAUGAGCUUGUUGAUGUAUAUUCGUUUGGCAUGUGCAUGUUGGAGAUGCUUACUGGUGAAUAUCCAUAUAGUGAAUGUGUUAACCCUGCACAAAUAUACAAGAAAGUGAUCUCUGGUAAGAGGCCAAGGGCAUUUUAUAAAGUUCAAGACUUGGAUGCACAAAGGUUUAUUAGGAAAUGCUUGGAACCAGCAUCAAAUAGAUCAUCAGCUAAAGAACUAAUGCUUGAUCCGUUCCUUGUGAUUGAUGAUGCUGAUAGUGAGUCAGUUACAAUGAUGCGACUUCAGAAGCCUAUCUUGAAUGAUAAAAUUGCUAUCGAGGACCUUCACUUGAAUGAGGAUGUUCCAAGGACUAAUAUGACCAUCACGGGGAAGUUGAACCCUGAAGAUGAUACCAUUUUUCUUAAAGUGCAGAUUGCAGAUAAAGAAGGUGGUGUUAGGCAUGUGUAUUUCCCAUUCGACACUGUGACUGACACCCCCACGGAGGUGGCAAACGAAAUGGUGAAGGAAUUAGAAAUUACAGACUGGAAACCAUGUGAAAUCGCUAAUAUGAUUGAUGGAGAAAUAUCUGGCCUAGUACCUCAGUGGAAGAAAUGGAAUCAGUUUGAAUCCUCCGAUUACCAUGUUCUGAGCUAUAAGGAUGAUGAUAACGAUCGCCAUAAUCCUUUCCAAGGUUUCUCGUCUUCUUCAUCUUCCCAAGUAUCAUUGUCAGGUCUGCUCUCCUCUCAAGUGAUUGACACAAACACCAAUGACCGGCGUUGGCUUCAUGGUGAUAUGUUUGAUGACACGAGCUCUCAAUGCUCGUCACACUCUGCAAAUUAUUCCAACUUCAAUUACUUCUCUGAUGAAGAGAAUGAUCCUGUGACCACCUCUACAAGACAAAGUCAACCAGCUACUGCAAUUAGUCACCACACUUCGCGAUUCUGCCCUGAGGAAAACUCAAGCACCGGACAGUCUUUGGCAAGAACGUGCUACAAGCAAUGCAAAGCUAUGCUAGAAUCAAAAGGAACUUCUUCCACCUCUAAAGGGAAAGGUAAUGAUGAUACGCGUAGACUAACAAGGAACAAGUCCUUAGUUGAUAUGCGGAGUCAGUUGUUGCACAAGUCAUUGGUGGAAGAAGUGCACAAGAGACGAUUGUUCAAGACUGUUGGUGCUGUUGAAAACAUCGGGUUUCAACAACCUUACGAGGAUUUGAAGAGGAGUCCUAGAUCGAUGAAUUGUACUAAUUCGAUGAGAUUGUCGAGUGAUGGUAAGGGACAAGGUCACAAACCAAGAAGACAUUGAUUUCUCUUCUACAAAAUAUGUAAUUUAAAUAGUAAGGACGAUACAUAUGGUAGUUUUAAGCAGAUCAGAGUUUGAAUUAAGCAGCUGAUGUAAUUGUAAAUGACAAUAAAAGUGUUUGUUCAAAUUUUGUUCAUUUGUUCCUUCAAGCAAUGGAAGAAUAACACCCUCUUGCAAUUUGUGCAAA